AUGGCCCAACGCUCCCACACCGAGGGCUGCCGGCCCGGCGACACUCUUGUCGUAGUCCACGAGUUCGUUGCCCGCAGCCCCGACGAGCUGAGCCUCAGGCGCGGAGACCGCAUUGAACUCAUUGAACGCGAUGAUGAUUUUGGCGAUGGCUGGUUCCUGGGCAAGAACACUGAAACGGGCGAAAAUGGCCUGUUUCCCGAAGUCUAUACACGACCUGCCCCCAAGCCCACACCCAUCCCCACCAUGCUCUCGCGCAACCCUUCACAGCUGUCUGGUCCGCCGUCAGACGCAUCGGGCCCACCCGGUACCGCAAUCUCAGAGCCCUCACCAUCGUCCAGUGCCCCCUCGCCCUUGAAAUCUCCCCCGACAGAGCCCCUCAAUAUUGCCCAAGGACCAGAGACUAUGCGGAGAUCAUCGGCUCAAGGCGCUCCCCGGAGCAUCAGCAUGACCUUAAGUGGAGAGGCACCGCCCGACGAAGAAACGAUAGGAAGCCCAGUCAUGCACGAGACGCUGAGCGUAAUUGACGAGCACAUUACCGGUAUGAACACCCCAAGACUCAACUCCACGACCAAGGAAAUACGAUCCGCAGACUCGGAAAGCGAGUACAGCAGCCACCAUCGCCUCUCGUACAUCAAUGGCCAGGAAACUGACGAAGAAGAGCAAAAUUGGCACACCGAGGAAGAGGUCAAGACAUGGUCGCCCGCCCGCGUAGCCGAGUACCUGGAAGAAGUGGGCGUAGAGAAGAAGCACUGCCAAGUCUUCAAGGACCAAGAGAUCGACGGUGAGGCGUUGUUGGGCGUGGAUCGCAACUUUAUCUUCAUGCAAGAGUUUGAUCUGGGCCCAAUGGGCCCAAGGCUGCGCACCUGGAUGAAGAUCAAUGCGCUGCAAUCUGAAGUCAAGAGCGCAAAGGAAAUCGCCAAAGACUCCCUGCCCCUGCCCUCGCUCGAAGGUCACGACGAAUUCCCAGUCGAUGGUGGACGUAACCGAGCAGCGUCCACAGGCGCCGUCCUCCCACGCAUACCGACGCUUAGAGAUAGCAUUAGCUCGCGUGGCAGCACGAGCCGCCAGCAUAUUCCGCGAGCUGCAUCCUCGGCAGGUCCGUCCGCUCACGACGCUACAUCCCCACUAAUUCAGCACACACCCGCUUCGCCCCCCAUUGGGUCGUCCAUCCGCCCUUCUGCUGCGUCCGUCCGAAGUAUGAACCACAACAGACGCCAUUCUUCUGUUGACUACAACCAAGUGCCCUCGACGCCUAGUACAGCAGGAAUGAUCAAGACGCCUGCAUCGGCCAACCCCCAUAGGAAAACGCCGUCUUUCGAUCGCAACUGGACAAUGGGUUCCCCUCAGAAGCCGGUGCAAGAACUCAAUCGCCCGUCCUCCUCGCAUCACACGCAUGGCUCGAGUAUAAACGGAACCUCUUUUGACACCGCGGAGCCUGGCCUAGCCCCUGCGGACAUUGAUAGGGGCUACUUUUCUGGUGGAGAGGUCGACAACCGGAAGAACAGAAAUGUUUUGCGCAAGCGAGAAAGCCCUAGCCACUCUCGGAACGCCAGCUACAGCACUGAGGCUGGACGACGGAUAUCGUACGGGCGACGACACAGCAGAAUUGGUAGUGCAGACUCUGCUUUCCGCUCGGCAAGCCCCAUCUCGGUUGCUGCGAAGCAGUACUAUGGCACUAGUAUUAAGAGCGACCGCAGCUCGAGUGCAUUUGACUUUGUGCGACCACUCAAGCCACAAACGGACAUGCACCCAACAGUCACCAAACUCACAUACGACUCGCACAGCAUCGAUGCUAUUGCGAAUUCUCCGCACGUUCCUGGCAGUGAAACAUCAAGCACUGGUCGCGCAUCACCAUCUCCUGCUGCGCAAUCGCAUACGCGAUCAUUUUUCAGCAGUCGAAAGGGGUCGCAAUCCAGGGGCUUGCGGGCUAUAUCGGACGCCAUCACCGGUGGGGAAAAGGCAAACGCAAGCGCCGCAGAUGUGUCUUCGCCACACAAAGAUUCUCCAAUGCAAUCACCUUCCCGGACAGGCUCAAGUACGCCGUCUGGUAACUCCAUGUCCAAGAGUAUUGAGCUUGACAAGGCGGAUCCAAACAGACGGAUGACCAGCAGUUCCGCCGCCAGCACAAAGGAAGCGCGGAAAAAGACCAAGAAACACGGCACCAGCGCCUACCUCAAAGGCCGUCAGCAAAUCACUCCUCAGCAGGCUAUGGAAAACUGUGAUUAUAGUGGGUGGAUGAAGAAGAAGUCGUCAAGCCUGAUGACGACGUGGAAGACGCGUCUAUUUGUGUUGCGUGGCCGACGCCUUGCCUACUACUACACAGAAAACGAUACCGAAGAGAAGGGCCUCAUCGACAUAUCAUCACAUCGUGUAUUACCGGCCAAUGACGAGCGCAUGACUGGACUGCACGCAUCAUUGACUGGCGCUGCCUCCUCUCCAACUUCACCACAAAAUGCCACCAUCCAAACUGCGGCAUCAACAGAUAGCGCCAAGGGAAUUCCAGGCAUCGAGGCAGAUAUGUCGGGCAUGUUCAUCUUCAAGUUGGUACCGCCUCGUGCAGGUCUGCAAAAAGGCGUCCAAUUCACCAAGCCAAUCGUACAUUAUUUCGCAGUGGACAGCCUGGCAAUGGGACGAUUAUGGAUGGCCGCGUUAAUGAAAGCGACAAUCGACCGCGACGAGGCGCUCCCCUUUACAACGACUUACCAACAAAAGACGAUUUCGCUCGAAAAGGCGCGUGCGAUGCGCCAGCGUCCCCCGAACCUAAUGGACGAGGACGCCGAAGGCAGCAUGGCGGAUUCUGAGCGCAAGAGCGAAUACUCGAAAGAAAGUCUGCAGGAAAGCACGAUCCACGAAGAAGACGAAAAGGGCCUUGCUAUUUCGGGUCUCGAUGACGCAAAAGCCCUCCUGGCUUAUGCCGAUAGCACGGAUAAUCUUGCUGUCGAUCACAAGCACGAUAGCACGGCUACAGCUAUUGCAUUAUAA